CGCCAAUCCUUCCCUUUCUUUCUUCUUCCUCCUUCCUCCAUGCGAACUAUGAAACCCCCGCCAUGACAACUCUGCGCACACUUUCCUGUCGUCGUCUUUUACUCCCUUUCCACGUCUAAGAUCUGCGGUCUUUAAUUCUUUUUUUUUCUUCAUUUUCGACUCGAUUCAAUCUGCUUCGGUUUUCUUCUUUUCACCGCACAUCACACGCGCAUACUGCAUUUGACGCUGUUGCAGCCAGCGCGCUUUGCCAAUGUCUGAAUUUCUUGGGUAUGUUGGCCACUCCCCCCCGCCAUCACCUGUUGGUGCUAGUCACCAUCCUCACUCUCCUCUCACCCCCGACAAUGUGUCGUUUGCUAACAGUUCGCCCGUCAUUCAGCUCUCGGAUAUCCUUGAUAUCGAGGAGCGACAUCCGCUAUGUCGGUACCUUGCACAACAUCAACUCGGAGGAGUCUACCGUCUCCCUAGAGAAUGUCCGGUCAUUCGGAACAGAGGGUCGCAAGCACAAUCCCGAUGAGGAAGUGCCCGCCUCCGACCAGGUCUACGAGUAUAUCGUUUUCCGCGGCAGCGAUGUGAAGGAUCUCCGCAUAGAAGAGGGGCCUUCGGCUCCCAAGGAGAACAAACCUCCGGUGCCCGAUGAUCCCGCUAUCCUCGGCGCUCGUCCGCGUCAGGCCAAUGUCGCACCUGGCCCUCCUGGACCUCCGGGCCCACCCGGUCCUGUACCCCCCGGUCCCAUCGGUGCUCCCGGCCACCAAGGCCCGCCGCCGCCUCCUGGCGCCCCUGGCUUCGGUUACUAUCCUCCUCACAUGGGUGGUUGGGGCCGCGCUGGUGCUCCUCCCAAUGCGUUCGGCGGCAUGCCGUAUCCCCCUCCUCCCGGAUGGUUCCCUCCCGGCCAGGAGUUCCCCAUGGGCCACGGUCCCGGUCCGUGGAACAACUACCCCUACCCGCCUGGUCCUGGUGUCGCUCCGGGUGGCGUUCCGGGCCAGGGGGGUCGCCAGUCUGCGAACCAGACCCCGAGCAACCAAGCUCCUGGCCCGAAGCCUGCGCCCAUCGGUCCCGCGGGCGACAAGAAGCCGUCUACUCCAUCUCAGCCUCAACAGCAACCCCAGCAGCAUGAGCUGUCUGCCGAUGUACUCAAGUCGUUUGGUCAGCAGCCUGCUGCCGGCGCCCCCUCUUUGCCAAAUGAUUCAAAGCCUACUGUCGAAGAGGUUAAGGCCACUGCUGCGUCUCUGAACAAUGCUGCUCCUGCUGGUCCUUCCUCCCAACAGAAGACCAUCCCUACUGGUCCCAAGGGCAACACCACUCGUCCCACGCAGAUUCUUCCUGCUGUCCCCCUUCCCGCUGCCCUUACUGCGAGACCCAUUCAGCCGACGGCUGGAUCUGCCAAGCCUACCGGUGAGAUUGGAAGCGGACCGAUGAGCGCGGCCCAGUUGCGUGACGCAACUCAGCAGGCUAGAGCGGCCGUCGCUGUUGCCAUGGCUAAUAUGGUCAAGCUGGAUGGCCAAGUCGCUACUCAGCAGCAAGUAACCGCCGCUGCUGUUGACAAUCUCACCAAGCGGGUUAACGAGAUGAACGUCAACGCCGCUGCGACUGCUUCCGCCCCUCGCGCCCCCUUGACCCAUAACGCCGCCACUGCGAACCGCGGUGGUCGGGCUCGUGGUCCUCGUCCGGCCAAGGUUGAAGUCCCUGACUCUGACUUUGACUUCGAGUCCUCUAAUGCCAAGUUCAACAAGCAAGAAAUUGUUAAGGAGGCCAUCGCUGGUUCUCCCCUUGGUGAGGAGCCGGCAAUUGAAUCGGCUGCUCCGGAAGCUGUUGCCGAUGUCUCUGGUGUUGCUCAGCAAGCCUACAACAAGAGCAAGUCAUUCUUUGACAACAUCUCAAGUGAGGCCAAGGACAGAGCUGAGAACAAUGGCCAGAAGCCUGGCGGCCGUGAGUGGCGCGGCGAGGAACAACGCCGCAACAUCGAGACCUUCGGUCAAGGCAGUGUUGAUGGUGGCUACCGUGGCUAUCGCGGUGGCAGAGGUCGUGGUCGCGGUGGUCGCGGCCGUGGCUUCCGUGGUGGAAGAGGUGCGAGCAACGGCUUCCCUCGCCGUGAUGCGCCGGCCGCUGCACAGUAAUUUCGCUUUUCGUGACUUGCCCAAUAUUUGACGGGCUCUGUGGCGCUGUGAACGAACAUUUCCUUUUUCGAAGCCUCUAGGUUUGGGACUGAGCAUGAUUUUUAUUGAACGGAGGCAAAGGCUUGUAGCCCGGAGUUUCAUUGGGAGUUGUGGCAUGAUGCUAUGAAUUGGGACGACCCAGGGCAGGCGAUAUAGCGAGAGUGAUUUU